AUGGGUGAUCACCUUGAAACACUUUCUUCCAAUUCCACUUGUUAUUAUGGAAUUCUAGGCCUUUGUAAACAAGCCUCCAAUAAUGAAAUUCGUCGCGCUUAUCGCUCUCUUGCAUUGAAAUGGCAUCCAGAUAGAUGGAUAAAAGACCCGAAAUUAGCAGGGGAAGCUAAGAGAAGGUUUCAACAAAUUCAAGAGGCUUAUUCUGUUUUGUCAGAUAAGGGUAAAAGAUCAGUGUAUGAUGCAGGAUUAUAUGAUCUCCUUUUAGAUGAUGAUGAUGAGAACUUUGAAGAUUUUAUGCAAGAGAUGGCUGCCACCAUUAAGAGAACUAGAUGCCAACAGGUUUAUACCUUCAUUUGUUGUUUUGGCAUGUAUAUUGGAAUACAAACCCAUGAGGGGAACAAUUUGGAAGAGCUACAAAAGAUGUUAAUUGAGAUGAUUGGCUGUGAUUAUACGUCUAAUUCCUCCAUGAAAAAGACUCGUACUAGCUAA